AAAAAAAUAGUGUAUUGUUAAAAUCUGAUGAUAAUCGGUUUGAGAGAGCUCGCUCUUUGGUUCACCUCAACACAGAAAAUGAUCAUCAAAUUGAUGGAAACAAUUGCUUCAUUCCUAAGUUAACUGACAGUCACCGGAGCAAUCGAGCCGGUCACCGGAACUUUUUCCCUCGAGAUAACCCCACAAGAUCUCCGAAAGCCCCGUAUGUUUCGAGUCUACCGAAACUUUCUCCCCCGAGAUAAUAACCCCACAAGAUAUCCCAAACCCCUCGUCAUCCCCAACCGCCUAGGCUCGCGAUCAAAUUCCAAACUCCAAAAGAUUUCUUCACAAAUUUCACUUCCGUCGAGAGAAUUUCAGCUUGAAAUUACGUCCACAAAUCUUUCUAAGUCUUCGUGCAGCAUUACAUUAGAUAAUCGGUUUAUUCAUCUUGUAAGUUAAAGCUUCUCUAGGGUUCUAUGUGAUACACAUUUAGUUUUUAGUGAAUUUGAAUAUGUAUCUGCUUUUGUGUGUUCAUGGUGAUCACUUAAUCGUACUUUUUCGGGAAACGUUGGAUUUUUCGUCCAUGGUCUGGAAUAUCCGUUGAAUCAACUUUAUCUUUGGGUUGUGAAAAAGGUUUAUCGGAAUUUAUCUCUUUAUCUCACUUCAAUUUCUGAUUCCCUUUUUUGUAAAAGGCUAUACUGUUUUCCUUUGUUUAUUUACAUAUUGAUGGAACUUGUUUUGACAUUCUUUUGAUCCAGUGCCCGUUAUCCGCAAUUGUAGUGGAAGUGUUAUCAUCGUAUGAUUCUGAUGGGAUGGAAAAGAAUAGUUAUUGUUCUAUCAUUCUCUCUGAUGGUGAUGGAGUCCUCAAGCAGAAUGUUACCAUUGUCAUCAAGUAACAUUGGUGCUGAAACUUCCUUUCUAUACAAGUGGACAAUCUUCAGUGCAAGCUUCUGUGUACUUAUUGCUCUUAUCCUCUCAAUGUGUCUAAUGUUUGAGCACUUAUCUGCAUACAAUCAACCUGAGGAGCAGAAGUUUUUAAUUGGGCUUAUCCUAAUGGUCCCUGUUUAUGCAUUGGUAUCGCUUUUAUCUCUAUUGGAUUCAGAUGCUGCAUUCAACUAUGAGGUAGUCAGAGAUUGCUAUGAAGCUUUUGCAUUAUAUUGCUUUGAGAGAUAUCUCAUAGCCUGCUUAGGUGGAGAGGAUAAUACUAUUAAGUUCAUGGAAAGUAAAAGCCUAAUCACCUCAAGCAUCCCACUUAUAGAAGAAUCAUAUACUUAUGGAAUUGUGGAACAUCCUUUUCCACUGAAUUACAUGCUCAGGGAGUGGUAUCUUGGCCCUGAUUUCUACCAAGCUGUAAAAAUUGGGAUUGUUCAAUACAUGAUCCUGAAGCCCAUAUGUUCACUUCUAGCAAUAUUUUUUCAGUUUCUUGGAGUUUAUGGUGAAGGGAAAUUUGAAUGGGGAUAUGCCUAUCCAUACUUGGCACUAGUCCUUAACUUCAGCCAAAGUUGGGCCUUGUAUUGUCUGAUACAGUUUUAUUCAGUAAUCAAAGAUAAGUUAGCACCAAUUAAACCUUUAGCCAAGUUUCUGACUUUUAAGUCAAUAGUAUUCCUAACAUGGUGGCAAGGUGUUGCUGUUGCCUUUCUUUUUUCCAUGGGUGCCCUUCAAGGGUCUUUAGCUCAAGAACUAAAAACCCGCAUUCAAGAUUACAUCAUCUGUAUCGAGAUGGGUGUUGCUGCGGUGGUGCAUAUAUAUGUAUUUCCCGCAGCACCUUACAAACGAGGUGAAAGAUGCGUACGCAAUGUUGCUGUGAUGGAGGACUAUGCAUCUUUAGGUUCGGAACCUGCUCCGGAUGAGGUUCGGGAUUGUGAGAGAACCACAAAAUUACGGUUUGGUCCUCAUGGUGAAAUUGAAAAGCGUAUGAAGUUACAUCAAAGUGUCCGUGAUGUGGUCGUUGGAAGUGGUGAAAUCAUGGUUGAUGAUAUGAAGUUUACGGUUUCGCAUGUGGUGGAGCCGGUUGAAAGGGGAAUAGCGAAAAUAAAUAAAACUUUUCAUGAAAUAUCAAAAAAUGUGAAAAGACAUGAGAAGAGAAUAAAGAGCUCUAAAGAUGAUAGUCAUGUUAUCCCUUUAAAUUCAUGGAGUAAGGAAUUUUCUGAAGGGGAUGAUGAUGGAGUAGGAGGGAGUUUUAGUGACAGUAGUGUCUUUGAAGGGAGGAGACCACGUCAGCAAUCAAAAGUCUCUUCUCGAUCUAACAUGUUUUCUAAACCUUUUUGACAAAAAAUAAAUCAAAUGACAUAUUUGGAUAUCAUCUAUAUAGCUGGGUGAUUAACAUACUUGAUUCCGUUACCACUAUAAAAAAUGUGGGUGAUACUAAAAAAGGAGGUUAUCAGCUAACGAUAGAGGUAGUAGCUAAUGAUGUAUUAUGUAUAUAUGUUUACGUUAUAUAAUCCUCUAAUGGAUAGGGAUUUAUCCUUGAGGAAAAACUGAAAAUACGAUGCAGGAUAUUUUAGAAGUUCUUUUUGGAAUAAAGGAUGAAAUGUUGAUAGUUG